AAGAUCCGCGAGACCAAGGCAUGUGCACCCUCGACAUCACGUUCGAGCAGAACGUCCAGCCAUCUGGCACGAAAUCCCUCGUGCCCCACCAGAAGCAGUCACAGACCCACACGGCGAACGCCGUCUGCUUUACGCUUGUGAGUGCGGACACCUGGCACAGGAGGCUUGGACAUCUCAAUGCUCGGAGCCUGGACAUCCUUCGGAAGGACACGGGUACCGGGGUGGACUAUCGCGACAGUCUCUCCCCUUGCGGGGUCUGCCAGAUCGCGAAACACAAGCAGUCCCCCCACCCGAAGCAAUCGACUCGCGAACUAUCACGGCCUGGACAGCUUGUGGUCAUCGACAACAUGGGGCCUGUUAAUCCACCUGCGAAAUAUAAAGGAGGCUCCUUCCCGUACGCGUGCAAGAUCACCGACGACUACACGAAGAUGAAAGAAGUGUACCUGCUUCGCAAGAAAUCUGACACGACCGAGGCGGUGCACACGUACAACAUGUGCGUCGCAGCGGCAGGAGGCUACCGGAUCGAGACCAUCCGCUGCGACAAGGGAGGCGAGAACACCGGAUCCGAAUUUCGGGACUACUGCAAGAAUUCAGCUAUCAAGCUCGAGUACGCCGCCACCAACACCCCUCAACAAAUUGGUGGAUCGGAACGGGACGGACAAACCCUGGCCGGAGUCACCCGGUGUCUUCUGAAGGAUGGAGAUUUUCCGCCGUCCAUGUGGGGGGAGUUAAUGCUGACUGCAGCAUACCUGUUGAACAGGUCCCCACACUCAGCACUGGGAGGAGCUACGCCAUACUCGAAGUUGCACAAUAAGUCACCUGAUCUCUCGGGACUUCGGGUCAUUGGAGCGCGCGCCUUCGUACACCACGAGAGAUACCGAAAGAAGCUGGACGACAGAGCUUUCGAAGGCAAGCUAUGUGGUUUCGGCCUCGACAGCCAGACCUACCGGGUAUUGAAUCCAUCCAACGGGGCCGUGGUCGAGAGCCGGAAUGUGACUUUCAUCGAAUCUCCACCCCGCUCAGUGCCCUUCCAGUAUUCCACUGAAGCAAACGGGUACGAGAGCGACGUGCUGAGCUUCACCUCCCUGCUGGACAGCCCCCACUCGACGAGCGACCUGGACUUCACGGCGCAGAACGAACUCCUUCGGCAAGAAGUCCGGAAGAUGCAGCAAGACAAUCUCGCUCGGGAGAAGCUUCGCCUAGAACUGGACGGGCACGAGGACGAACAUGGAAACGGGCAAGAUCUCGGCGACGGGGACGCUCCAUCACCACAUCUCCCAUCGACGCCAGCUGGAUCGUCAUCCGAGACCCACGCAUCUAGCCCCAGUCCAUCAUCGUCGAACCCGACUGAACCGGACACUUCUGCAUCAACUGGAUCCUCCGGCAUGCGGCGCCUGCAAGUCACCAGAGCCAGCACGCGCGGGAAGCCCACCAGCAACGAUCAUAUCGACGUCAACUUGGUUCCUGCCAAUCUGGAAGUCACCAUGAACGACCGCGGUCAAGCCCAUGCUACAACGGGCCGCGUGGAGCCAUCCGGUCUUUCCUUCACUCAGCUGGCUGAGAUAGCCUAUCAAGCCCAGCUCCCAUGCCCUGGCGAUACUGAGGAUUUCACCCACGUUGCGGAAGACCCCUUCACGGUGCCGCGUGCUCACGCCUACGUCACGACCACUCACGAACACCACGGGAUCUUGGAGGAGACGAAUCAAGCGAUCAAAAUCCCCAACACCUACGACGAAGCCAUGAGCUCUCCCCAGCGCGAAGAAUGGAAAGGAGCGUGCAGCAAGGAAAUGGACAAUCUGCGGAAACACAACGUCUACAAUCUGGUGCCCCUCAGCAGCGUUCGCAAGGGAGAGAAGAUCCUCGGAACGAAAUUCGCCUUCAAGAAAAAGCUGGACGGACGCUUCAAAGCUCGCCUGGUAGUCGGAGGACAUCGUCAAGAGCCAGGACAGGACUACGGACGCAGCUACGCACCAGUAUGCCGUAUCGGGAGCAUUCGCAUGACGUGCGCCAUUGGCUGCCACAACAACUGGCCCAUCUACCAACUGGACGUUGUCGGUGCCUUCCUGAACGCCCUCUGCGACAGAGAUGUGUACGUCAGACCCGCCCCCGGUACAUCCGCCAAGAACUCCGCGACGGGAGAACCCAUGGUGUACAAACUAGAACGGAGCCUCUACGGCCUAUCGCAGUCGCCUGCGCUCUGGAACGACACCCUGGACGAAUCCAUCACGGCGUUCGGAUGGAAAAGGACCCAAUCCGACCCCUGCGUGUACGCGUAUACCAGCGGCAACAUCAUCGUGAUUCUCACGGUCUACGUAGACGACAUUCUCAUCACAGGAGGAGACCAGCAGCUCGUGGACCAGAAGAAGAAGGAGCUCACGGAUCGAUUCGAGAUGACCGACAUGGGAGAGGUAAAGCGGAUCCUCGGGAUCGACGUGCAGCGAGACUACGAGCAAGGAACCCUGGCCAUUUCACAGGAGCACUACGUGAACACACUUCUGGAGCGGUUCGGAAUGCAAGAGGCCAACCCAGUGAGCACUCCUGGAUACGGAGCGGAAAUCUCC